CUCAGGGCAGAUCCUUCCGGAGACAUCGAAGUUCUGCAAGAGAACUGGUGUGUAUCGUCACCGAGAUGACGACACAACAAGACCAGUACCCGAAGUCUUACUGUACACACCUGAUCUAUUCGGACGUUGUCUAUGAUCCCAAGCACCGCAAGUUCUUGGCCACUAAGAACGACAAGAGCUUCGAGCUGUUCAAGCGCAACCAGCGGGUCACCAACAUGAGUCACCUGGUGGCCCUCAACCCGCAUCAGACGCUAAACGUCUACCUGAACGGCCUCACGGACAUCGAGGUGCAAUGGUACUUUGUGCAGAUGAUAGAGUCGCUAAUGAACGACUACCAGCUGGAUGGCGUGGCGUUCAUCGGCAUAGAGCUGUCCUUGGACAACGUCCAGCAGUUCUCCAGAGUCCUUGAUAGGCUAAAGGAAGCAUUGAAGAAGAAACCUUCAAGGCAGUUCUUCCAGCUCGUCUUCGGCGGCUUCAUCACAGACUUGGACAAUGAUCCAGCCGAAAUCGCUAACAGAAUACGAGUGAUUGCAGAAGAAGUUGACAUUUUUAUCAUCGAGACGCACUACCAGAGGCCACUACCGCUGUGCAAAACAGUCUUCCCAACAGCAUUCAACAAUUACGGCUCCUUCACUCCGAGUGUUCCGAUCAAUACAGGUCUGAACUGGCUGAAAGCCUUGGUGCUGCCACGCACAACGAAGGGCAGGAACAGCGUCUGCAUGUCGCUAAGCAUGGUGGCACUCCUGUUCAAAAUCUCCGGCACUGUGGAUCACCUCCAACCAGGAAAUGCUUGCUUCGAGGAAAUCUGGAUGAACUACGCCGAGACCUGUAUCGGCCACGGGUGGAGUAACGUAAAGACGCAUCCGUCAGCGAUGUCAUCAUUCAGGCACAAGAUUAAAUUCUGGCAGUCCUUCGACACGGAUAUCACUGUGACCAGAAAGGUGGACCUCAUCUUGGACCAGGCGAACAAGACGUGCUUCGCGGCGUACUACGUCGACUACGAAGACUACUACGGCAUGUGCCAGGGCAAAGUGGCAUUUCCCCGGCUGAAAGCCAUCCGAGACCUGCUUAACAAGCGAACGAACGUCGACGAAGACAUCGACCUGUUCGGACACGAUUUCUAGGAAUCAGUCGCCUCCAUGCUCACGGAUUCUUAAGUUUCCACCCCAUUUCUUUUUUUCAUUGCCGGCGCUGUCAGAAAAUAAGUAACCAUUCAGAUGUCACUGUGGUGGUGUUACCAGGUAAUGCGGUUGGCUCAAACGAAGUAAAAAGCGCACGAGCGUCCUGAAAGUGGUCAUU